AUGCAACGGGAAUCCUACAGUUAUUCAAGUUUUUUGCGUCAACAACGACAACAUCUAGAAGAUAGUAUGCCAGAUUUAUCUGCUCAGUUAGAAAAGCCUGAAAGUCCUGUCUUAAGCUGCCAAAAAAGCCUACGUGAGAAGGAAAUGGAAAUAGAAUUGGCGAAGCUAAAAUUACAAGAAGUGGAAAAAAGGCUCUUGUUGGAAACGCUGUUACGAGAAGGAUGUCCCCAAAAUUCUAGCGAAAGAGGAGACAUGAAAAGCGACACCUAUCCUACAACGAAUUAUGUAGAAAGAUACUUCGAACUGCCAAAGCCAGAAAUAAGGAGAUUUGACGGAAACCCAAAGGAGUAUUGGAUAUUCAUGAAAGAGUUUCAGAAAGUUGUAGAAGAAGCGACAACCGACGACGCCAUACGUUUGAAUUACUUAAUCCAAUUUUCACAGGUAAGGCGAGAGACUCUAUAG